AUGGUGCUGCCUGUGCAGUGCGGCAGCAACAAGUCCGUGAGCGGUGAGGGCAGGAGGCUGAUGCCCCAGGGCCCUUGCCGGUGCCGGGGCCGGUUCUGGCUCGGUCCCUCACCGUCUCUGCUGUGCCCGCAGGACGCGCAGAGCCCCGGAGCGGAGCAGUUUCGCCGUGCGGCCGGACAGGUGGCGGAGGUGCCGUUCGGGCUCAGCAGCAGCGCGGCCGUGCUGUCGCACUACGGCGCCGCGGAGAACACCGUGGUGCUGUUCCGCACGGUGGACAAUGACCGUCGGGAUCUGGAUAUGAGCAGCGGAGAGGUCGAUGCCAAGAAGCUGAUCCGCUUCGUUCGCAUGAACGAGCUCCGCCUGGUGACAGAGUACAACCCCGUGACAGCAGUAGGUGUGAUGCAGAGCUCUCUGAUCCUGAACCUCCUCCUGAUCACGGACAAGAUGUCUGCAAAGCACCCCGAGCGAAUGCGCAAGUUCCGGGCGGCGGCAGAGCUCUACAAGGGCAAGAUCCUCUUUAUCCUGUUGGACAGCAAUUUGCAGAGCAAUGAACGAGUACUGUCGUACUUCCAGCUGAAGAAAUCCCACCUGCCAGCUCUGGCUAUAUUCCACACACCAGAUGAUGAGCAUGAAGUGGUGGCUGUGGAUGACAUCUCCAUUGAGCAUGUACAGGACUUCUGUAAUAGUUUCCUACAAAGAAUGUCAAAGAAAGAAGACAAAUCUGAGGAGAAGCCCCCCAAUGAAGAACUCUGAUUCUUUCUCAGCCAAGAGGAUGACUGUAGCCAGAGUCUAUUUCUGGUCUAUGAAGAGUUCACUCUGCCUUACAGCUCAGCAAUUCCUGAGCCAACUCAGUCGUGGAUUCCCAUCAUCAUUCCAUCUACAUACACACUGUCCAUCCUCUUCAGGAAUCUCUUCUCUCUUAUCUCUUCUCAUUUGUUGGCUCCAGAGCUCUUUUUUCAGUACUUCAGGACCUCUGCUAUUGUCCUACAAUAUGUCUUUCUGUGCCACUGUUGAAGCAAAGGGUGGCACAGUGAAAUGACAAUAUCUGAAGUAAGGCUAAUAUUUCCAGGGAUCUGUUUCCCUCAUUCUUUUGGGUUUUGAUGCCAUGCUGGGAUCCACUGUCAGCCUUGCCUGAUACUACAAAGAGGUUUGUUGCUUGAUAUCACAUGAAAUUUUCCAUUUAUUUUACUAAAUAAAGCAAUAAGUGAGUGGCCUGAA